UUGAGUUUUGUGCGUUGUGCGGUAAAGUUGCGCGUUCUGCCUUCGACUCUCCCCCUAGUAAAGCAAAGCAAAGCAAAGCAAAGCAAAGAACUCCAGCAGCAACACACACACACGAAUCAAUCCAUCAGAUCAGCUCCAGCCCAAAGCUCCUUAAUUUUAAUUAAAUUUCAUUUAGAAAUAAAAAGAAAACCCUAAAUCAAAAUGAGGGAAAUUGUGCAUUUGCAGGCUGGACAAUGCGGCAACCAAAUUGGCGCUAAGUUCUGGGAAAUCAUAUCGGAGGAGCAUGGCAUUGACAGCAAUGGCAUCUAUGUGGGUGACAGUGAUCUGCAGUUGGAGCGUGUCAGUGUCUACUAUAAUGAGGCAUCAGCUGUGACGCGGUCUUCGGGUGGCAAAUAUGUGCCACGUGCCAUUCUGUUGGAUUUGGAACCAGGAACUAUGGAAUCGGUGCGAUCGGGACCCUAUGGCCAACUCUUCCGGCCGGAUAACUUUGUCUUUGGUCAAUCCGGUGCCGGCAACAAUUGGGCCAAGGGUCAUUACACGGAGGGAGCUGAGCUGGUCGAUAAUGUCUUGGAUGUGGUGCGCAAGGAAUGCGAAAACUGUGACUGCCUGCAGGGCUUCCAAUUGACGCACUCACUGGGCGGAGGCACUGGCUCCGGCAUGGGCACUUUGCUCAUUUCCAAGAUACGUGAAGAGUAUCCUGAUCGCAUAAUGAACACCUAUUCGGUGGUGCCAUCGCCGAAAGUGUCAGACACGGUGGUCGAGCCAUAUAACGCCACCCUCUCGAUCCAUCAGCUGGUGGAGAAUACAGACGAGACCUACUGCAUUGACAAUGAGGCUUUGUACGACAUCUGUUUCCGCACCCUGAAGGUGUCGAAUCCCAGCUAUGGGGAUCUGAAUCAUCUCGUGUCGCUUACCAUGUCCGGUGUGACCACCUGCCUGCGUUUCCCCGGCCAGCUGAAUGCCGAUCUUCGCAAGCUGGCCGUCAACAUGGUACCAUUCCCGCGUCUGCAUUUCUUUAUGCCUGGCUUUGCUCCGCUCACUUCGCGUGGAUCGCAGCAGUAUCGUGCCUUAACCGUUCCCGAGCUGACCCAACAGAUGUUCGAUGCCAAGAACAUGAUGGCCGCCUGCGAUCCACGUCACGGUCGCUAUCUGACAGUGGCCGCUGUAUUCCGUGGCCGCAUGUCCAUGAAGGAGGUGGACGAGCAAAUGCUGGCCGUGCAGAAUAAGAACAGUUCGUACUUUGUCGAAUGGAUACCCAACAAUGUGAAGACAGCUGUGUGCGAUAUCCCACCCAAGGGCCUGAAAAUGUCAUCGACCUUCAUUGGCAACACCACAGCCAUUCAGGAGCUGUUCAAACGCAUUUCAGAGCAGUUCUCGGCCAUGUUCCGUCGCAAGGCUUUCUUGCAUUGGUAUACCGGCGAGGGCAUGGAUGAAAUGGAAUUCACCGAAGCCGAAAGCAAUAUGAACGAUUUGGUAUCCGAGUAUCAGCAGUAUCAGGAGGCCACUGCCGAUGAUGAAUUCGAUCAGGAGAUUAACCAGGAGGAGGUUGAGGGCGAUUGUAUUUAAUGGUGUGGCCAGAGGAAUGAGGUGCGUGCGUGAGGGGGAGCGUUUGUUUUUGCGCCGCAUGCGACAGCAGCUGUCGACCAAGCAUUGCAGCAUACUUUAGCUCCCACACAUAGACACCCACACAAACAGACACACCACUACUACUCACACUCAGUCACACCCACACACACUCACACACACACACACACACACACAAACACACACAGGAAACGUCAAGCGUAGUUAGAACAUCAAAAGGAAAUGUUCCAAAGCUUUCCUCACGCCCCCCUUUCAAAGUUCACCUUUUCAUCAUUUCCUUCCCUCUUUAUGUCUCGUCCAUCAUCUGGCAAUUCUCUCAUCUAUCCUGCUUUGACCCCCCCUCUACGCUACACUUAAUACUAUUACACGGAGGCACGUCUAUCGCAUUUCUCGCAGCCAUUUUUCUCCUCUUUCUCUCUCUCUAUAUAUCUCUCUUUCUGUUUACCCUUUGCCAACCAUUUUCAACUUUCACUAAUUUAAGAUCAAUCAUUUUAAUAAUUUCUCUAAAAAUCAUAAUUUUUAUAUAAUUAUUUAUCAAUAAAAAAAAACAGAAAAACGUCAAAAA